UUACAAUGUUUCACUUCAUUUUUAUUUGAAAUACGAGCUGCUUAUUUUAGUCAUUCAUGUCCUGCUUGAUUUUACCUUUAACUACCUCAGGUCAAACAAAUAGCCUUUUGUUACCCCUUUGUGUUUUUGUGUGUUCAUUUCAGUUUCACUAAAGAAUUUAGUGAUUGUGGGAGAAAAGGAAAAUUACACAGCUUUCUUUGACUGCCCACUUUCAGUUUGGUUGUCACCACAUUGCUCUACCUGAGGGGAAAUCCCUUCACCGGUGCGAGUAUAUAACAUUUUGGGAUGACAGAGCAGAGCCAGACUGAAUCUGAAUCUACAACUACCGACAAGAUGCAUCUGUUCAAGCUUUGUUUUGCUCCCGUAGCGCUGCUGCUGCUGUUGAUGCUCAGCUCCUCAGUGUGGCACGUCAGCGAAUCCCUGCCGGUGAAGAGCAAGAAACCAGUGUCCGAAUCCUGCGUCGUUUAUGCACGGAUGCUUUUGGAAAACGUCACUCAGGCUCUAACACAGACAAAACUGUUUACGGGAAUCAACUGUACAGAGCAGAACAUGGAGCUGAACUUGAACACAAACACACCGCAUGUGUGUGCACCAAAAGAGGCAACAUGCUUGGGAAACACCAAGUUAGACUUUAAUCAGGAAUCCUGUUUGUCCAACAUUUCUCGGGAUCUGAGCCAUUACUACAUCCUCUUCAUGGCCCAGCCUGAUCUCAUCCAUGUCCCAACUUUUAUCCACAGCCUCAGAGAACUGAUGGAGAACUGUUUUGUGGAGACUUUGCCUUCAGAUUUGACCCUAAAUGAGGAUCCUGUGAGCCGUGCCAGCACCUACAACGAAAGGUUGAGUCUCUGCAAAACUCUGAGAGGUUUCCAAGUCCGGGCCAUCACAAUCAGCCGUGCCAUCAGCUACAUGAGCUCUGGUGAACACACUAAAUAAAUCCCCUAACUCAAGAAACUUCAUCAAGACGGGAGAUUAGAAAUGCCAAAACACUGUGAAAUGCAACAAUCUUUUUCUUUUUUCUUUUAAGGAUAAUAUUUAUGAAUCUGAGUGAAAUGUAUUGAUGAAAUACUAUUGCAAACAAUAUGCUAUUUAUUUAUUAAAUAUAUUUAUUUAAUGCUA